CGACUAUGGCGGACAUGCGGCGUCGGCGGGACGUGUACAUGUCAGUCGGGUUGGUCAUCGCUGUCGCUCUGGUCAUGGUGGUGGUUUCCCUGCAUCAGCACGGAGGUCGCAAGAUUGCUCUGGACGAGUCGGAGGCCCUCAGGCUUGCCGAGGGUCUGGAGACUAGUGGGGAGAGGAACAGAAUCGCUAGAGGGGUGACUGCACGUGCUCGAGCUGAGAGCCGGCCAGCCAUGGCAGCCCCGAUGCCCCAGGAGGCUGAUGCUAUCGCUCCGCCCAACAAGCACGACAAACUCAAGUGGGAAGUCAACAGGCUGCUGUCCAUCGCCCGCAGCUUGACCGGGGACUCUACCCGGAUGCCCGCCAUGCAGGUUCCGGACGUUCAGCUCAGUCAGAUCAAGGAGCUUAACGACAUCGCCAACGACGACGAUCACCCGAACCUGAUGGGAUGGCCAGCGAGCGACAAGUCCGAGGGCGUCGCCCUGCAGCUCGCCGAGCGACCCAGCGCUCCGCUCCGCCAUGGCGUCUCCUCCGUGCACAGGAAGGUGAAGGCGAGCAGCAAGGAGGCGCUGGCGCUGGAGAUGGCAGAAAACCCCAGCGCCCCCCUUGAUCUUUCCUCUCGCGCUCUCCUGCGAGACACUCAGAGGAAGGCGAGCAUGCGGGCAGCCCGCAUGUCGCAGCUUCAUGCUGAACCCCGUCCUGUCAAGGUGGUCAAGAGGGCGGUGAAUCUCCAUGCUAAGUUGCACCUGGCCUCAGCUAUGGACGCACGCAAGGUGUUCAAAGGGGUGGACGACCUGACGGUGGGGGCACAGGCUGCGAUGAGUGACGUGUUGGUGCCAGCGAGCAAGAUCCGAAGAGGUUGGAUGGGAAUGUGAGAUGGUAGUCGGGCGGGGGGACCAAGAGUUUAAGUUAGAUGCAACACUGUUUGUGGUUUAUUAGAUCCAGUUCAAGUUCU